CACACGUUGUCUGGCAUCCUUCGUCAAAGAUUGCUGUCUAUAUCAUUCAAAAAAUGCCAUCACUGGCUACUUAUGGUGGUCCAGCUAUAUCUAUAAAUGAAAAACCAGACUCAAACGGCUGUUUGGUGAUUCCUGCAAACAUAGACAUCGGCAAUCAGGCAAUGAGCUGGCAGCAGUCUUGUGAGUACUGCAUAAGAAAAGGUAGUAACCUGAUCAGUCCCAGCUCAUCUGUGUACCAGAGUCUGAUGGCCAAGAUGCUGACCGAUGUAAAAGCACAAGGGCAAGCCUGGAUCGGUCUGCGUCGCAGCCUCAUCACCAUGGCGUGGUACUGGCAGAGUGAAGACGACUUCGGCUUUACCGACUGGGACAAGGACCAGCCGGAUAUACCCGAGAAGGGCAUGUGUGCUUCCAUGCUGAUGACCCCGGGUAGCGACUACACCUGGAGCAGUGACCCCUGCUGCUCUACUAAGUUGCCUGUCUGUUACAUGCCAGCGCAAUAUAUGAGCAUCAUCAACCCAUAUGCAUGAGAGAGUGAAGUGCAAUCAGUGGCAUAUUACAGCUGCUUGCAGUUCUGUUCAAUGUUAUCAUUUUUCCUGCUUGAUAAAAAUAUAUGCAGAUGUCUUUUAGCAUGCUGCAUUAAGUUUGGUCUCUGCUUACCGGCUUCCCCCAUAUCCUACAAAUAUACACUCAUCACCAACUUUAUUAGAAACAUUUAUUUAUUAUAAGCACUCCACAGGUGCACAGGCCUGUCUGUUGUCAUAAACAAGUUGUGUUAGAUAUCCUCUAGUUGCUGGCUAGAUAGUUUAGACAGCAGACCAAUCUUAGUUCGGCAGUAUCACCGAUGUGAUAUGCUCUUUCUGAUAUGCUCAUAACUACAAUGCCUUACUCAUAACAACAAAUGCCUACUACCAUGCAGCUGCUACGUCAAGUUGACUGUGGUUUUGAAAACGUAAUAUCUGGUGAAGAGUGGUAAAAAAUGUGGUUGAUUGCAUGCAUGCAAAUAGGUGGAUUCCAGUUAAAGGAGCUAGUAAGUGUAGAACGUACGGGUUCUAUUAAAGUGGGUUAUGAAUUGAUAUAGUCUAUAUCUGUAUAUCUGUUUCUAGGUCAUACAAGGGUAG